AGCAUUUGCAAACGUAAUUGACAAUAUAAAAGAAAAACAAGCAUCACAAAUUCAUAAAAAUGGGUAAAUUGCAAUGUGAACAGACUCUGCAGGGUCAUAAAGGCCGUAUUUGGUGUGUUUCUUGGCAUCCCAAGGCAAAUGCCUUUGCUUCAUGUGGCGAAGAUAAGACAAUUCGCAUAUGGUCUAUGUCCGGUAAUAAUUGGACAACUAAAACCAUAUUAUCCGAUGGUCAUAAAAGAACCAUACGAGAUGUGGCAUGGUCAAAAUGUGGACAAUAUUUGGCCUCGGCAAGUUUUGAUGCCACCACAGCUAUAUGGUCAAAAACAUCAGGUGAAUUUGAAUGCAAUGCCACUUUGGAGGGUCAUGAGAACGAAGUGAAAAGUUGCAGUUGGUCCAAUUCUGGAUCUCUGUUGGCAACUUGUUCGCGUGACAAGUCAGUGUGGAUUUGGGAGGUUACCGGCGAUGAUGAAUUCGAAUGUGCUGCCGUUUUAAAUGCUCACACCCAGGAUGUAAAACGUGUUGUUUGGCAUCCAACGAAAGAGGUGCUGGCCUCAUGUUCCUAUGACAACACCAUCAAAAUGUUUGCUGAAAAUGCUUUAGAUAACGACUGGGAAUGUACUGCUACUUUGGCAGGCCAUUCCAGCACUGUAUGGGCCAUUGAUUUUGAUGCACCCGGCGAUAGGUUGGUUUCUGUUAGCGAUGAUUGUUCCAUGAAAGUUUGGCGUGGUUAUGCGCCUGGAAACCAAGAGGGUAUUGCUACACCAGAUAAUGAAACAGCCUGGAAGUGUAUUUGCACAGUAAGUGGAGAACAUUCACGCACAAUUUAUGAUGUGGCCUGGUGCAAGUUGAGCGGUCUUAUUGCCACAGCCUGCGGCGAUGAUGCCAUACGAGUUUUCAAAGAAGACGAAGAGACUUCCACCAAAAAUGAACCAGUAUUUGUUCUAGCUACAUCGCAGGAUAAAGCCCAUAUGCAGGAUGUUAAUAAGGUGACCUGGAAUCCAGUGCAACAGCAUCAACUUUUAUCUUGUAGUGAUGAUGGUACCAUUAAAAUAUGGAAAUAUUCCGAAUAAAAAAACAGCAAGACCAUAUGUGAGAUUUUUGUUCAUUAUAUUUUUGUAAUAAAUAGGAAAACAACUUA